AGCAGAAGCUAUAAAUUGAAUCCAGUCUAAGAUAAACUAAAAGAAAAAGAAGAAAAGAAAAGAAGAACUGUUAAAAUGGUGGCUUUAGUAAGUUAGCACAUGUAGGUAAAGAGUCAGAAUUGAGAAACUUCUUGCAACAACUCAUCCUAUCAUAAGUAAUGUAGAAACUAGUGAAUAUGACCUUGUAUUCUUAGAAAUGAGCUUUCAGUGCAUGUAAAUUAUUAGAAAAAAAAAAGAAGAAGAGGAAAAACAAAAAGAAAAAGGCACCAACGCCACUAUUGUUGAAAGAGAUCCUGAAGCGGAGAUCUCCUGUAGCCAUAAAUUACCCCUUUAUGGAAAACCAAAAAUCCGAAACAGGACAUUGAGAUGUCGACUUCAUCAUAUAUAGAUAAAUCAAUUCUAUAAUAAAUAUUAUUUAUCAAUUUUAAACACUCAAGAAAGAGUUUUCUGAUGGGUAGACUUCGUCCAACCCUACAAACUGGGCUUGGGCUCAUUGGUACCUUCAGUAUGAGGCUAGGUCACUAAAAGGCCUAUAUCAUAAGGUUCAAGGCGGAUUAUUAACCAUAUGAAACAUUCAUACUCUCAAACGAAAGCUGAGGAUAAAAAAUGAAAUUGAAAAACGUGGCCCAAAUGUCUCGGAAGAUAUUUUGUCUCUGAAACCGCGCAAUCUAACCGUUAAUAUAGUUGUGGCAAAAGAAGAAGGAAAAAAAAAAGAAAAGGCACCAAUAAAUCUAUGGUUUCAAAGCUUUGUCCAGUAGAUUUUAGAGUAGGAAUUGACUGAAUUUGCAGCUGAAUCACAAUCUGAAUAACAAUCGAAUCUGUAAACAUGGUUACUACUAUUCUAUUAUCACAAAACCUUGUAACUGUACACUCUUUUCAAUCUAAUUAUACAUUCCCUAAAUCCCAAUCUCUCAUUACGAUCCCUAAAUGCUCAGUUCGUCUGCGACCUACUGCGCCUAAAUCAUCACAUAAAAAAACCACCACUUCCACUUCGCUUGAAACGGAGCUGAAACCCUCAGUUUCUCGCGAACAGGAGCCAACUCCUUCUACUUCAUCUUUGCUCCAUUCAUUUUCUCGUUUUGUUAGCCGUUUAAGAGAUGGAUUUAGGGUUGACGAAAUUGGUAUAGAGAUAUUGUCAAUUGCAUUACCUGCAGCACUUGCUCUUGCUGCUGAUCCUAUUGCUUCAUUGGUUGAUACUGCCUUUAUUGGUCACACAGGAGCUGUUGAAUUGGCGGCAGUUGGUGUAUCUGUUUCCGUAUUCAAUUUGGUUUCAAAAUUGUUUAAUGUUCCAUUACUUAAUGUUACAACUUCAUUUGUUGCUGAAGAGCAGGCAUUGCUUAGUAAAGCCAAAGCCAAUAAUACUUCUGAUUUUGAGAAUCAGGAGCAAGGAAAGGCAUACCUUCCAGCUGUGUCAACUUCUUUAGCGCUUGCUGCGGGUGUUGGUAUUGCUGAAGCCAUUGCACUCUUUUUUGGCUCGGGUUUCUUGAUGAAUAUCAUGGGUAUACCUGUUGAUUCACCAAUGCGAAUACCAGCUGAGAACUUUCUUACUUGGAGGGCCUUUGGUGCUCCGCCCAUUGUGAUUGCACUUGCUGCACAAGGCACUUUUCGUGGAUUUAAGGAUACAAAGACACCUCUAUAUGCUAUUGGUGCUGGCAACUUACUCAAUGCAAUAUUGGAUCCAAUCUUAAUAUUUACGUUUGGUUUUGGCAUCGGUGGUGCUGCAAUUGCUACAGUGACUUCUGAAUAUCUUAUUGCUUUUGUCCUCCUGUGGGAAUUGAAUGGCAAAGUAUCACUGAUCUCUCCAAAUAUUGAUGGGAGAAGAGUUGUCAGCUAUCUAAAUUCUGGUGGUCUCCUUAUUGGCAGGACCAUAGCAGUGCUUUUAACCAUGACAUUAGCCACAUCCAUGGCAGCUAGGGAAGGGCCGAUACCUAUGGCUGGUCAUCAAAUUUGUAUGCAAGUUUGGUUGGCUGUAUCAUUGCUUAAUGAUGCUUUAGCUCUAGCUGGUCAGGCUCUUCUGGCCAGUGGUUUUUCUCAAGGAAAUUAUGAAGAAGCACGUCAAGUGAUAUACAGAGUUCUUCAGAUUGGUGUAGUAACUGGAAUUGCUUUGGGUGUGAUAUUAUCCCUUGGGUUUGGAGCAUUUUCUAGCUUGUUCAGUACAGAUUCAGAAGUUCUGGAGAUUGCAUGGUCUGGUAUUUUGUUUGUUGCUGGGUCUCAACCAAUGAAUGCUAUUGCAUUUGUUCUUGAUGGUCUCUAUUAUGGUGUUUCAGACUUUGGAUAUGCUGCCUAUUCUAUGGUACUAGUGGGACUGAUCUCGUCUGCGUUCAUACUUGCGGCUGCUCCUGUAUAUGGGCUUCCUGGAGUCUGGACAGGGUUAUUCCUCUUUAUGACCUUGCGGGUUGUGGCUGGAAUAUGGAGGUUGGGCACAAAAACUGGGCCCUGGAAAAUGCUCUGGGACAGAGUGGAGCAGGAAAGUGAGUGAGAUUGGAUGGUCAUAACUAAAAUGAGGGCAGCGACCUGGGACACAGAAUCGGCUAAAUUAAAAAGUCAUAGAAGCAGCUUUUAAUACCUGUCCGUGCGUCAUCCUCGUUGAAUUCAAAAAUUUGAUUUUGAUACGGAGGCUAGCUGCAUUCUUUGGCGAGAGUGGCUUACAGGGCAACCAACACCUGACUGCAUUCAAGAUGUGGCUCGUCUUACAAAAAGGAGGCUAGCUAGAACAAAGCGUUGAACAUGACAGAUUGUAGCAAGGAUUAUCCGAACUUCUUAGGCUUCUCAGAGCUAGAAGUGUACAUAAUUCAUGUUAUUUCCUGGCUGUGAUAAGAUGUAAAUCGCUAUAACUAUUUACUCUCUCUCUCUCUCUCUCUCUCUCUCUAUAUAUAUAUAUAUAUAUAUAUAUAUAUAUGUAUUUUCUUAUGGGAUUACCAUACGCUUCAAUUUGAGUACAGUUAUUUGCUAAGAGAUAAACUUGCUGCCGUUGUGUACAGGCUCUGGAAAUCUGAAGUAGUUUGCAUUUCGUAAA